CAUUAUUACUGGUACUUUGUCCCGGUUCUUUCUGCUGUGCCAAUCACAAUUGCAGUAUCCAUCUGGGCAGGUGAUAAACACAUUCUGCUCUCUAUUUGGAAUCUCGCACUACUUUUCGCAAUGGUUCCUGUUCUAUCAACUACGGUAACAGUUAUCCACUCCUCCAAUCGAUACCACGAUUUGGACAAACAAAGUCUGAUCUGGUUCCUCUUCGUGAUGAUGAACAUUCUUUUCACAUUUUGCAACGAUUCCAAUGACCCACUUGGCUCAAUUUGCCCUGGAACAGAGAAGUAGUUAUGGCUGGUCAAAUAUCAAACGAACGGUGGCUAUACUCGAGAUACUUAGCCUCCUGGCCCCAUGCCUUUCGAAGGUUCUCCUUACGGUGGUACAUCUUGGAGCGAAGUUCCUUUACAAUGUUCUCUUUCCACCGGGUAGAGAAGAAUGGGUUAUUAUGGGCAGCCUCAAGGGCAUCAGCGUAUUAGCAAUCCCAGACACUGGCUCUGAGCUGAACAUUGUUUCAGACCAUUUUAUCAAGCUCCACGGGAUAAAGCUUGACUCUGAGUUCCAGCGAUCUAUUCAGUUACCUAACCGGGAGACCAUUUCCACCGGAACAGUAUCCCUUCCAUUCUCAUUUGAAGGAGAGAAGUCAACAUUCAGCAUAGUCUUCACAGUCAUGCCAAGUUGCGUCCACGACGUCAUUCUCAGCAACUCCUUCCUCAGAACCACAGAGACUCUUACCAGAUUUUCUAGUCGUUUAAAGAGCAAAUUCGUCCCCUCUCUUCACAUACCUCGUUUGAGACUCUUAGGAGCCCCCAAACAGCGGAUUUUGGGCUCAAUCAACGGUCAUACUGCCGUCGCUCUGCCAGAUACUGGCUCGGAUGUGAUGCUCAUAUCCAAGCAGUAUGUACAGGAACGCCGUUUCAUUCACUGGGUUUCAACGGAUAAUGCUUACAGAACCUGCCUCGAAUUCGCUGAUGGCAGUCUCGCAAAUACCUGUGGUAUCGCCUUUGGUGUUGAAUGGCGGUUUGGCAAGGAGGAUUCGACUUCCCGACCCUGCGAUUUUCAUAUUAUGGACGGUCUGCCGUACGAUGUGAUUUUGAGCAAUGAUUUCUUGUUCGAAUCAAAGGCGUUCUCUCAGUUCAAGGACUUUUUCUUCGAGCAAAGGGACGGGCUGGACUUGAGUCGAACAUCCCACGAACUCAGUCUCAUCAAAAUUGUUGGGCCUCAGAACAAGGCAACAAGUCGUAUUCACGGCUUCUACCGGAGGUUCUUGCAAGUUGUGAAAGGAAACGCUCCCAGCACCACCAAUCAAAAAGACUCGAAAUCUGCAGUCCAAGAGCGAGAGGACCACCUCCGACGCGAACUUCAACGACAAGAUGCGAUGGAGGAGCUCAUUACCGAACUUUCACCAGAGCAGCAAGAAGCUGCCUGGGCAGCGGAGGGGCGUUGCAGAGAGCAAUGGACGAAAACACACUCUCUCGACGGAUGAAUUGCCAGGUUCAGGUAAUUUAAUUGUUUUCUUUUACCCUUUGACGAAGCCUCUUCGUUGUGGGGAUCGCAUUAGAAGUAGAUAUCUUACCGGAAGCUGGG